CGCGGGGGCGGGAAGAAGGCUUUUUUCAGGCAGUUGAAGCCGAGACGCGGCCGAAGACGCGCGUCCUGUGCUUGCAAGCUCCAGAUCGUGACCCGACAUUAAGUUAGUGUGUGUUAAGUGUAGUUCGAGCAACCUUUUUAUUAAUUAUAAUCAAAAUGUCUUCGGACCCGGCGCCGUUGUCGAAAACGGCGAAAUACAAGAAGAUCACGAAACCACUUUUGGAAAGAAAACGGCGCGCGCGCAUCAACCGGUGCCUGGACGAACUUAAAGAUCUCAUGGUUGGAGCUUUAGAGAUCGAUGACGACAACCUGAGCAAGUUGGAGAAGGCAGACAUCCUUGAAUUAACCGUUAACCAUCUUACAAAGUUGCACAGCCCUAGAGACCCGGUUUUGGAAGCCAAGAAGUUCCAAGCGGGUUUCGGACAAUGCGCGGCCGAAGCGUGCCGAUUUAUUAUGUCUGUGCCAGACUUAGACGCAAACGUCAGCCAGAAUUUAAUCAGUCACCUAUCCAGACUGAUUACCGCUCAACCUCUUACGAUUCAAGUACCAGAGAGACCUAACUUCUCGCCGCCGACGUCACCGUCAUCCGUCAUCUCCGAUAGGCAACAUUACUACAGCGAUCACGACAGAUCUUCAUCAGACGCGGAAGAUUCAGUAUACUCAGGCGAUGGCCCGAAACAGUGGGCGUACAAUAGACCCGCUGCGAGGGUCACCAAUAAAGUACCUCCCACCGGGCUGCUCACAACCGUCGACAAUCUGAACCAUCACGGCGCGCCAGAACAAUUGAACGCUCAGAGAAACGGGGCGUAUUUCAAAAGAGUUCCGGCUGAGGCGAAAGAUGUAAUACUGCAAAAAAUUCGUCAACACAUAAUGGACAAGCGAAGCAAUGACAACAUCGACGUGAACAUGAGCGCGGAGCCAGCGCCCGAACCAAAAUAUUUACAGAGAGACGAACCGUACAGAGGCGAGUACUCAUACCAAUACUCACCGCCGAGCACGAACAGCGAUACUCUUGAUCUCCGAAAGGUUAGAUCACCAGCGAAGGUGAACGAAGCUGUGUCGCCGAAAAAAUCUGUCGCAUGCUCCGGCGCUAAUCAAUUAGACACGACUCCCCAGAGCAAAGUUGAAGUGACACCCAGUCUUCCGGAACACUGCGAAUUGCCGAUGGAUUACAGCAACUUACCGCCUAAAAAGAAAAGGAAAUUGAUUGAGUACCAAGAGUACAAAAAGCAGGAGGCUGCCCGUCGUCAACUCGAGGCUUUUUACGAUGAAAAAAAAGAGCGUCUCGGCGAGGGACCACCGGCGGACGAGGACAGCAAAUGGCGGCCAUGGUGAUUGUGUCCCCUAAUCACUCGCCUAUUGUGAUAUUAAUAGUCUCUUCUUCCAUAAAAAAGCUUUAAUUUGAUUUAAUUUAUGUAUGUUUAGUCAGUAGUGUGUAGUCCUUAAGUGCCUUAUGUUUGCUUUAAAAUUGUUUAUGUACUGAACGUUAUUUAUGUGCCAUUUAUUUGAUCUCGAUGUCUUCCUAUAAAAAUUGUAUUCAUGAUGUAGACUUGCGCAGUCUUCCAUGUAAAGUAACAAUUAAUGAACUAUACGAUAAUAAAUGAUGUAUGU